AUGGAUCCUAUACAAUGGUCGGUUGGACUGGCCAAGCUAAUUAAUUUUCGUCCAUUCCGGAGCCAGGAUUUGGUGCCAAGGAAUAUAUAUAUACCGGUGAUAUGCAUCAAAACCUCAACAGUAAUCAAUCAGCCAUCAAACGACGAACACAUGUCUGCCUGCAAUAGAAGCCAUACAAGCCUGCAUUAUCAUGGAAAAAGCUUGCUCGCUGUUGAACAUGGUGUUUAUACACUGAAAGAAGCCCCUCGCUACUACUGCUUUUCCGAGAUUACACUUCGACAAGCAGUUGCAAGAAGAAAUGGGAGUAAAACAAUGCGAGUACGAACCAUGGAGAGAGAUUUAGCUGCGAACAAACGUAGAAGAAUAAUGGACGCAAACAAAGAAAAUUUGUCCCUCCUGUUAUCAGUCAAACCAGUGAGAACAGACGAACAACUAGCCAUGGAUGAUGCCAGGGAACAGAACAGAAUCAAACACUUAUCAAUAAUUGAGUGGGUAACAGAGGUGAAUGCAGUUGUGUUUCCAGACGCACCAAGCCUUGUACAACAAGAUACGAACCAACCAUACUCCGUCAACAAAUGGCUUUGA